AAAUCCUCGUGCCUUCCUAGAAACCUGAAACAUAAAGUUACGGUCCGGACAGUUAAUGACUCCGUUAAGAAAGCCCUGCAUAUUUUUCCAAAGAGAACCCACGGCCCGCAUCUCUCCUCUCUCAAGUCCCGAGUUCCAAUCCCCCCCUCUCUCACUAUAUAUAAAGAAAUAUUUCAUGAAUUGUCAGAUCUCUUUCUCCUCCUUUUCAAUUUCUGCGUUUAAUCGGAUCUGAGUAACCCUUUCUUCCCUGUUUCUCCUCUUUUUUCGCGUUAACACUUUGUUGCAUAGUUCAGACUUGACAGCUUAGACUUUGGGAUGCAUUCGGAUAAAAAUAAGGAGGUAAUAGAUGAUGGAGAAGAUAUUGAGGUUGCGGAUGAUAUUAAUCAGUUCCCAACCGGUUUGGGACGAAAGUACAGUCCAGUAGUGGCUCACGACGUUAAUGAUAGUGCCGUUGUUGAGAUGACUUCUAUUCAUCCCGGAUCUUCCUCCUCUUUCCCUAAACACGAUCUCAAGAAAGUUAUAGUGGGUGUCCAGCCAAAUAUGGCCUCUGAAGAAAGAGAAGAGUCAUUAGCCAAUCAAAGCAUCAAUGGUCCUCAAAGAGAGUCCAAACUGGAAUUAUUUGGCUUUGAUUCUCUAGUAAACAUUCUAGGUCUCAAGAGUAUGACAGGGGAUCAAAUUCAGGCACCGUCUAGUCCAAGAGAUGGUGAGGAUGUAACUAUCACAUUUGAGCAACCUAAGGUACUUGAACUGAUUUGUUGAGCAUCUAUUUGAUUUCCCUGAAGCUUUUUUUCAUGCACAGUUAAGACUGUUUCAUGUUCACAAAAGUUCUGGAAUUUAUUUUCAGUCUUUAUUCCUGUGGCCUUCAUUUUCAUCUCCUAUGCAUUUGUCAGUCUACAUAGGGGUAAAAAGUGAGUGAUUAUUUCCUUUUGAAUGAACAGUAAUGCACAGUAGGCUAUAAUAUUGGCUGUACGAUCAAGCUUAUAAGAAGACAAAGAGUAUGGUAGUACUUAGGUUUUCUACUUAGGAUGUCAAAUCUUGUACUCCCUCUAUCCCAAUUUAUGGAC